AUGCCGAAACCUCAAUAUUCCCAUAAAUUUAGGGAUUCUUGGCUUCAAGAUCCCGAUUUAAAAGAAUGGCUUCAAGUAUUUGAAAGUACUACUAGCCAAGUAGCAAAAUGCAAGUUUUGUGGAACGGUAUUAAGAAGUCACUACGGAGAUUUAAAAACACAUGCUCUUUCGAAAAAGCACCAACAAAAUAGAAAGGUUAUCACCAAACAACCUAAGCUGACAUUCAAAAAGGAGUCUACUGAUAAUAAAAAGAAAGAUGAAGCCAGAGUUGCAUUAUUUACAGCAAUGCAUACAAGUAUACGAACAGUUGAUCAUUUAGGAGAAGUUAUUAACUAUAGCCAUGAAAAAGAAAUAAAAUGCAGAUGCACCGAACUAAGUGCACAUAAUGCUUCGGUGAUGGGUGGCGUAAAUAAUGGAGUUUUUGCCCGAUUGAAACAAGAAAUACCACACUUAGUUUUGUUAAUGGGAAAGUGCUGCAACAAUUAUGAAAUUCCUUUAAAUCUUAUAAAACAAAUUGGUACGAAGGUGUCAUAUCAGUCUGAUAAGGAUAACAGUAAGACUGAAAAUGAAAAUGCAGAUUCAUCUGAAGACGAUUUAUUAAUGUAA